AUGGAAAUAUACGCAAAAGCUUAUGAUGUCAAAGUCUGGAGAGUUAUCAAAAAGGGGAACUAUCCCCCGCCUGCUGCUGCUCAACCACUUGUUGAUCCUGAUGAUAUAGAUUCAUAUACAGAUGAGCAAAUGGCAGUUGUACAAGUCAACAAUAAGGCGAGAAAUUUACUCUACAAUGCCAUAAGUGGUGAAGAGUAUGAGAAAAUCUCCAGUUGUAAUACAGCCAAAGAAAUGUGGGAUAAGCUUGAAGUUACAUACGAAGGAAUUAGCAAAGUAAAAGAAACACAUAUCAACAUGUUGGUUCAUGACUAUGAACUCUUUCAGAUGAAAGAAGGAGAAUCUACUGAAGAGAUGUUUGCCCGAUUAAGCAAAAUCAUUAGCAAUUAA